UAUGAGAGAGCAAUCAUGAUCUAUAGCAUUGACCCAUCUCCGCCGAAACUGUGCCCUCAAACUGAUAAGAUGCUUUUGUUUUUCAAUUAUGUACUUAUUGUUGAACAUCGAGCAUCAUCAACAUGUUUAAAUUGAAAGUCCGUGGCUUGGCCAUAUUCUGCGCCAUAUUGGCAUUGGUAUAUGCUGGAAGCAGGCCCUUACGACAUUAUGGCCGUUGUAACGUGUACGACGAGAUUGGAUAUUGCCAGCCCCGUCAAUUGUGUUGGGAAACAGACGUUAACUUCAACAGUUCAAGUCGUAGCCACUGUCAAAGUCAGAUGCGGAGCGAUCUGGUAUGCUGUCGACGCAUGCCGACAGCGUAUGCUGCCCUUACCUUAAAGCCAUUGCUACCACAGCCGGGCGUUUGUGGUGGCAUUGGGAUUGACAUAGCAAAUCGGAUUGUAGCUGGCACAGACACUCACAUAACGGAUUUCCCGUGGAUGGCUUUGCUGUUCGCCACCAACGACGGCGAGGAAUACAGGCAAAUAUGUGGUGGCUCACUUAUCCAUGAGCGCUGGAUAUUGACAGCGGGACACUGUGCGUUCAGCCGGGAUGGUAGUCAACUGUUCUUAAAGGCGCGCCUGGGUGAGUGGAACACGACCAGCGCACCCGACUGUCAACAGUUUAAGAACGAAAGAAUAUGUGCUCCACAGCACAUAGACGUCAAUGUUGACCGCAUCAUAGUGCACAAGCAGUAUGUUGGACCGCUGGAUCCCAAUUAUGCCAACGACAUUGCAUUGCUGCGCCUUAAUCGUACAGUGAGCUUUUCAGAGUUUGUGCUGCCGAUUUGCCUGCCGGUGGCUAAUUUUAAUGAUGAAUACACCUAUGCCGACUGGGCGAUGGACAUUGCCGGUUGGGGCAAUACAGAGCGAAUACGCUCCGGAGGCAGUCCGGUUAAAAUGAGGGCAGAGCUUAACGUUUUGUCCAUGGCUAGCUGCAGGCAAAUCCAUCCCCACGUGAUGUCCGGUCAGAUGUGCGCCGGUGGCAGCACUCCAUCAGGUACCUGUCAUGGCGACUCCGGCGGACCGCUUAUGAUGCAGGACCCGAUUGGCUCUGAAAACAGCAGAUACUAUUUGGCCGGUAUUGUUUCAAUCGGAACAGUCAGUUGUAACAAUCAUGGACAACCAAUGCUCUUUACCAGAGUCGAAUACUAUAUGCCUUGGGUGAUUAAUACCAUAAGCGCCAAUUCCUAAGAAUAUUUGGCAGU